AUGGAUAGUAGAAGGCGCUCGCAUGGAGGUCGAACACCAGCCGAAGAAUCCGGCGAGCAUUUACAGCGUCUGAGAACUCGCAGAUUAAGUGUCCACGAGAGAGAGGAACAGAAGCUGCCUCCUUCCCGGAGGGUUCCUCAUACUGCCGCCGAGAUUGCGGUGAGUCGACAUGCAAACCUAGGACCAGGAAGGAGGCGAACGUCGGUGGCUAGGACAGACGAAAAUAUUCCGAAUGAUACCACUCCACCUCCACUUCGAAUACAUAGGAAGUCUCUGCCGGAGAACGUUUUAUUGAACCAGAGUACGCAUGGAGGGGGUCCGGCUAAAACGAAUAUGCUGCCCGUGCCGGAGAGAUCGGAGAGGAGACUAUCACAGCCUCUUGACUUGGGUCAAAACAUCCCGAUACCAUUAAGGGACUUGCCAGGAAACUUGGUUAUGGGGAAUUGGUCGAUUACGACUUAUGAGCCGACGUACCUCAUGCGAAAAUGCGCUGAGUACUUUGAUGUUGAUCAAGACGGGGUUAUUCGUCCGGAAGAUACGUUUAAAGGAUUCAGGAAACUAGGAUGGGGUAUCCUGUCCUCCAGUUUCGCCAUGUUCGCCAUUCACUUGAUAUUCUCCUAUCCGACAUGCUCGGGGUACAUGCCCGACCUGCAUUCCCGGAUUUACUACGACAAUACCCAUCGCAGCGGGUUCGGUGGGUACAAGACCUCGUACGACGAAAAAGGACGCCUUAGGCGCAAUAGAGCAUGCGAGAGCAUUCUCACCAAGUACGAUAAGAGUAAUAAAGGCGGGCUUGCAUUUCGAGACCUCGUGCAUUUUUGGAAUGAGCAGAGAGCCGAGUAUAAUGUCUACGGCUGGAAUAUCGCUGUCUUCGAAUGGCUGACCCUGUACCUAUUCCUCUGGCCCCACAACGGUAUUAUGCGCAGCGAAGAUAUUCGUGCCGCAUUUAAUGGUACUCUGCUUUAUAAGAAUGCUGAAGAGCGCCAUCAAAAGUCUGAAAUACAUCGGAAGCAUGUCGGCAGCGGAGUCGGAUUUCGGAACGGGAGACGAUCCAACCCCGUGAAGCUCGCGGUUGCAGUUAUAACAGGUAUCGUCAUUAUAAUAUGGGGUUUGCGAAAUAUAAGUCAAACCCCGUCGAGUUGGACGACGCACUGGUGGAAGAAGCAUGAUUCUUCUGGAGAAGUGAGUGCGACGGACCCCGGGUUCAUUUAA